CAUAAAAAGAGUGGAGCUAUGCCUUGGAGACGAAAACAUUUCAGCAACAGAAGAAUCGAUAUACCGGGGAGAUAAAGUCCCGUAAGCUUCUAGAAUUGCCAUAUUUUUAACAAACCUGGAUACUCCAGACUUCGCCCACCUCCCCGAAGUGCCUUUCUGCCGUUACUCGCCAAGAUGCCCAAAGGAUUCCUGGUAAAAAGAAACAGGAAAUCUGCACAUAUUUCCUACAGACCUCGGUCGGACGAAGAUGACCUCCAGGAACACCCCACCCCAGCUGCCUUGCCGAGUUACGUGGACCCCUCCCCGCCGAUGUCCGUGGUGUCCAGUCCGGACCGCGCCGCGGCAUCUCCGGAUUUCAGAGCAGCCGACGUGCCGGUGCCAAGACGCGAGAAGCCGUUACAGUUCGGUAACCCAGAGGCGGCGUGCCAAGCCCUCUACAGCCCCACCCGGCCCAUCAGCAAGGAGCACGACCGGGGAUAUUUUGAGCGAAGUUUCAAUCUGGGCUCGCCGAUUUCUGCAGAGUCAUUCCCGACCCCUGCCUCCCUCUCCGGCCUGGACCACCUCCUGUACGCCCCGGUUGACCUGAAAAUCGGCACCAGCAAUAGCAGCCGCAGCGGCACCACCAGCAGCCUCCCCGCACCGAGCAACCGGGUCGCCGCCAAAAGACCCGCAGCGGACGGCACGGAGCGCAAAUCUAAACCCGCCCCCAAGAAACCCAAAGCCAUUAGGAAGCUCAACUUCGAAGACGAGAUGACGACUUCUCCCGUGCUUGGUCUCAAAAUCAAAGAGGGGCCGCUGGAGGUGAAGCCGAGGUCGCAGUCCUCCGGAGGAAACAAGCCCCUCGGAGAGUUUGUGUGUCAGCUGUGCAAGGAGGCGUACGCGGACCCCUUCUCCCUGGCUCAGCACAAGUGCUCCCGCAUCGUGCGGGUCGAGUACCGGUGUCCGGAGUGCGAUAAGAUGUUCAGCUGCCCGGCCAACCUCGCCUCUCAUCGCCGCUGGCACAAACCCCGGACCACCGGCGCGCCGGCGAUGCCACCGGCUCAGGGCAUCAAACCCGAAACGGCCAAAAUGCCACCGCUAGGUGUCAAGUCGGUCACCGACGAAGCCAAAGACAUGAGCGACAGGGACACCCCGAGCCCCGGCCUGUCCGAGUCGGGCUCCGAGGACGGCACAUAUGACUGCCAGUACUGCGGGAAGAGGUUUAAGCGACAGGCAUACCUAAGAAAACACAUCAUGGCGCACCAGGCGUUGCAAAAGAAAGUGCUGGAGGAGCACGGGUUCCAAACCGGCGAGCAGCCGGCCGAGCAGGCUCCGGUCUUGUCCUCCUCAGCAUCCUCCUCCUCCUCCUCAUCAUCCUCAGAGGAAGCCUCAAACCAAAGCCCCCUCAAUCUGAGCCCGGUGGACUGCCUGCUGUGCCCGGUGUGCGGGGAGAGUUUCACCAGCAGGGCCGGCCAGGAGAGACACCUGCGCCUCAUGCACUCCUCCCAGAUCUACCCGUGCAAAUACUGCCCCGCCACUCUGUACAGCUCGCCGGGGCUCACCAGGCACAUAAACAAGUGCCACCCCUCGGAGAACAGGCAGGUGAUCCUGCUGCAGAUGCCGGUGCGCCCCGCCUGCUAGAGACAACCGUAAACUCGUGCCUUUGCUGGGAGGGAGAAGUAAAAGAAAAAGUGGCUUCGGAGUAAAAAAAAAGAAGAAAAAAAAAGAAAAGAGUUUCUGCCAUACAAUGGGCCAAUAAAAAGGCGGGGCGGUUUGAUGUUUAAGUGGUGUUAAAUGAGGUGUCUUUUCCAUGCCAAUCAGUGAUUGUUGAAUGCUUCUCUCUAUAUUUGAAUUACAUAUAGGCCUAUUUUGAGAUUCUCUUUCUCAAAUUAGUUUAUCAAGAAAAAAAAAAGAAUACAAAGCGUUAGUUUGACUGUUAAAAGGGUAUUUUUCUAGGACAGCACAUGUGUUCGAUGAUAGCUUCUAGACCUAAGAAAUGUCUUAAAAAUCCUCAGACCCCCCCCCCCCCACCCCCAACUACCCCCCUCCCGACCCCGUGAAUUCCCCGACCGUGAUGCUCUGUCGCUGAAGCUUUACGCUGGUUUGUGACCGACGGAACGCGUCAACUUUGUAUCGUUGGGAAAACGAGUGACUGAAGCAUUCCCUGUGUAGUAGAACCACGACUGCCUUUAGUAUAAUUUACAGACGAGCCUGUAGUCCGACACACAUACGUCCACAUCCCGCUGUAUAACUGCCUUAAAAAAAAGUCAACAUACACUGUUUUGAUUUUGAACGCCGGCACAUAUUUUAUUAUGUUAUUAUUAUUAUUAUUAUUAUUGAAGAAUUGUUGCAAUAUUUUUCAUCAUAUGUUUAUUUAUUUAUUUAUUCUAAUUAUUUUGUGUAACUUAUUGUUGUGUUUGUUGUGACUUCUUCUGUGAAUCGUUCUGGCAGUUUACAUGUCGUAUAGCCAAAAUGUUUUAUUUUCUUUUUGCUCAAAUUCACGAGUUGUGAUAAUUAUCGUGGAUCGGGUUUUAAUCUUCAAUCACCACAGCUCUUGUUAAAAGAAAAAAAAACGUAAAGCUCUUACCUUAGAUGCAAUCUUUUUUAAGGACAAGUUAUUUUUCUUAAAUGUUGGCUUUUAUAGCGCUUUGAUUGUAUGUGUAUAUCGUUGUUGUCUAUCGAAAUAAAAAAAAUAUUUUCAAAAGGA